CAGCAGCAACAGCACCCACGGAGAACGUCCUUGCCUCGCAAUCAGAAGCCUCCAGCACUACCUCGACAAUGCGAGCGCAAGUCGUUCUUCGUGGAUCAUCUUGUCGACACGGUAACGCAGAUGGUUGAGGUCAUCUGGCCACUUUCCAUCGUUCCGUGCAGAAAUGACAGCGCCACCGGCAGAGGGGUUCUCCCGUUGCGAAGAUAUGUGGAAGAGACCCUUCGACGCUCGCGCACAAGUUAUUCCACAUUACAAGUCGCCCUUUAUUAUUUGGUGCUCAUCAAGCCGUUCGUACCACGCACAGACUUUACGAUGGAGCAAGAGUUUGACUGCCCGGCCGAGCGAGCGCUCAUGUGCGGUCGGCGAAUGUUCCUCGCUGCGCUUAUCCUUGCGUCGAAAUAUCUACAGGAUCGCAACUAUUCUGCCAAAGCGUGGAGCAAGAUGUCGGGGUUGCCGGUACCAGAGAUCAACAUUAAUGAGCGUACCUUCCUGAGCAAGAUUCAGUGGAAGCUGCACGUACCCCAGCCGACUUACACGCGCUGGGCCAAGAUUGUUGUCGAGUAUACGCUCCAUACGCAACCGCCCUCGCCCGGAUCUGGUAAUUGUACGGUUGCAUGGCGAAGAAUCAUACCGCUCCUUACCCCAGAGCUUGACAAGGUCCCGCUGCCUAUCGAGCAAGCCGUCUCUGUUCCGGAGUGUCCGGCAGGCUUCAGUUUGACCCCACCUGUAACCCCGACAGAAACCACGAGUGCCAUGAACGCCUUGCAGCUGGAUCUUACUCUGCAGGAGAGCAAGCCAACGCCAAUGUCAGCACCGCCUCCCUUUAUGGAGCCGUCGGCGAAUAUUGCACCGCCGACGCCAAAUCUGUUGCGGCAAGGUCCAUUGGACACGCCCUCCAUGACACCUUCUACUGUGGGCGUAAACACUCCUACGGCCAGU